GACAGAGCUCCCUGCUCAGGUGCCCUGGGAGGGACCCUUUCCUGAGGCCGGAAGUGGCGGUUUCCAGGCGUCUUUCUAAACUUCUUGGACCUGGAGGUGGUGCCUACUGGUUACCUGUAUGGAAGGCUGUAAUUUUCCACUGUUCUCUGGAGGACCCGGAAAUCUCUCGAUGUUGUCACCGCUGUAUUUUUUUUAAGACGUUUGUGAAAUUUCAACUUGGAAGACAGAUUCAACGUGUACUUUGCAGGAAGGGGGAAGCCUGCCUGGGCACGCCUCUUAGAUGCUGGCCUGGGCUGAGAGGUCUCCUGAUCCCGCCAGAAGUGGCACCUGGAUGCCAACCAUCCUUGGGGAUGAGCCUCUGUGGUAUUGGACUCCUUGGUGACAACCUCAGCAAGAUCCUGGACCGGGCCAGAGGAUCUGCGCUGUGGAGGCCUGCCCAUUCUCAAAAGCUGGAUCUGGCUCCCCGGCACCUGGUACCCAGACCUGGGUCUGCGGAGAGGCCAGGGUUCUCACCGCCAAGGUCCCAUCUGAUGCCCAGGGUGAAGGAGUCUCGCUCCCACGAGUCCCUGCUCAGCCCCAGCAGCGCGGUGGAGGCGCUGGACCUCAGCAUGGAGGAGGAGGUGGUCAUCAAGCCCGUGCACAGCAGCAUCCUGGGCCAGGACUACUGCUUCGAGGUGACAACAUCGUCAGGAAGCAAGUGCUUCUCCUGCCGGUCAGCAGCCGAGCGGGAUAAGUGGAUGGAGAACCUGCGGCGAGCAGUGCACCCCAACAAGGACAACAGCCGGCGUGUGGAGCACAUCCUGAAGCUGUGGGUGAUCGAGGCCAAGGACCUGCCGGCCAAGAAGAAGUACCUGUGCGAGCUGUGCCUGGACGAUGUGCUCUACGCCCGCACCACGGGCAAGCUCAAGACGGACAACGUCUUCUGGGGCGAGCACUUUGAGUUCCACAACCUGCCGCCCCUGCGCACCGUCACCGUCCACCUGUACCGGGAGACCGACAAGAAGAAGAAGAAGGAGCGCAACAGCUACCUGGGCCUGGUGAGCCUGCCCGCCGCCUCGGUGGCCGGGCGGCAGUUCGUGGAAAAGUGGUACCCAGUGAUGACGCCCAACCCCAAGGGCGGCAAGGGCCCCGGACCCAUGAUCCGCAUCAAGGCGCGCUACCAGACCAUCAGCAUCCUGCCCAUGGAGAUGUACAAGGAGUUUGCCGAGCACAUCACCAACCACUACCUGGGGCUCUGCGCAGCCCUCGAGCCCAUCCUGAGCGCCAAGACCAAGGAGGAGAUGGCGUCGGCCCUGGUGCACAUCCUCCAGAGCACGGGCAAGGUGAAGGACUUCCUGACUGACCUGAUGAUGUCAGAGGUGGACCGCUGCGGGGACAACGAGCACCUCAUCUUCCGGGAGAACACGCUGGCCACCAAGGCCAUCGAGGAGUACCUCAAGUUGGUGGGCCAGAAGUAUCUGCAGGACGCGCUAGGCGAGUUCAUCAAAGCGCUGUAUGAGUCAGACGAGAACUGCGAGGUGGACCCGAGCAAGUGCUCGGCCGGUGACCUUCCCGAGCACCAGGGCAACCUGAAGAUGUGCUGUGAACUGGCCUUCUGCAAGAUCAUCAACUCCUACUGUGUCUUCCCACGGGAGCUGAAAGAGGUGUUCGCCUCGUGGCGGCAAGAGUGCAGCAGCCGCGGCCGGCCGGACAUCAGCGAGCGGCUCAUCAGCGCCUCCCUGUUUCUGCGCUUCCUCUGCCCGGCCAUCAUGUCGCCCUCGCUCUUCAACCUGCUGCAGGAGUACCCCGAUGACCGCACUGCCCGCACCCUCACCCUCAUCGCCAAGGUUACCCAGAACCUGGCCAACUUUGCCAAGUUUGGCAGCAAAGAGGAGUACAUGUCGUUCAUGAACCAGUUCCUGGAGCACGAGUGGACCAACAUGCAGCGCUUCCUGCUGGAGAUCUCCAACCCGGAGACCAUCUCUAACACCGCCGGCUUCGAGGGCUACAUCGACCUGGGCCGCGAGCUGUCCAGCCUGCACGCGCUGCUCUGGGAGGCCGUCAGCCAGCUGGAGCAGAGCAUCGUAUCCAAACUGGGGCCCCUGCCUCGAAUCCUGAGGGACGUCCACACGGCACUGAGCACCCCGGGCAGUGGGCAGCUCCCAGGGACAAAUGACCUGGCCUCCACGCCUGGCUCUGGCAGCAGCAGCAUCUCGGCCGGGCUGCAGAAGAUGGUGAUCGAGAAUGAUCUCUCUGGUCUGAUAGAUUUCACCCGGUUACCGUCUCCAACCCCCGAAAACAAGGACUUGUUUUUUGUCACAAGGUCCUCCGGGGUCCAGCCAUCACCUGCCCGCAGCUCGAGUUACUCGGAAGCCAACGAGCCUGAUCUUCAGAUGGCCAACGGUGGCAAGAGCCUGUCCAUGGUGGACCUCCAAGACGCCCGCACGCUGGAUGGGGAGGCGGGCUCCCCAGCGGGCCCCGACGCUCUCACCACCGAAGGGCAGAUGCCUGCAGCUCAGCUGUUGGCUGGGUGGCCCGGCUGGGCUGGCCCCGGAGCCCGGCUGCGGCAGCAGUCCUCCUCCUCCAAGGGCGACAGCCCCGAGCUGAAGCCUCGAGCGGUGCACAAGCAGGGCCCUUCACCUGUGAGCCCCAAUGCCCUGGACCGCACAGCUGCUUGGCUCUUGACCAUGAACGCACAGUUGUUAGAAGACGAGGGACUGGGCCCAGAUCCCCCCCACAGGGAUAGGCUAAGGAGUAAGGAGGAGCUCAGCCAAGCAGAAAAGGACCUGGCAGUGCUGCAGGACAAGUUACGAAUCUCCACCAAAAAGCUGGAGGAGUAUGAGACCCUGUUCAAGUGCCAGGAGGAGACGACGCAGAAGCUGGUGCUGGAGUACCAGGCGCGGCUGGAGGAGGGUGAGGAGCGGCUGCGGCGGCAGCAGGAGGACAAGGACAUCCAGAUGAAGGGCAUCAUCAGCAGGUUGAUGUCAGUGGAGGAGGAGCUGAAGAAGGACCACGCAGAGAUGCAAGCAGCUGUAGACUCCAAACAGAAGAUCAUCGAUGCCCAGGAGAAGCGCAUCGCCUCCCUGGACGCCGCCAACGCCCGCCUCAUGAGCGCCCUGACACAGCUGAAAGAGAGGUACAGCAUGCAGGCCCGUAACGGCAUCUCCCCCACCAACCCCACCAAAUUGCAGAUUACCGAGAACGGCGAGUUCAGAAACAGCAGCAAUUGUUAACCUGCCCGAGGAGAGGGAGGACUGUGGUGGCCCAGGGCCGGGCCUCGGCCUGGGGAGGAGCACCCCACAGUUGCAGCCCCAGCGCGGGGGGCAAGAGGCCGAGGCUCGUCUCCCGUGCCCUCCGUCCACGGUCCCGGAGGCGGCCACAGAGGGAGCCGAGAGAGACUGACGCAGCGGGAGCCCUCUCUCUUCUGCCCAAGAAGCGUGUUGGGUUCAGGCGAAGAGACUGCACGCGGGGAGUGGGACAGCCUGGCGGGAGCGGGGGCGGCCAAAACCUGUCUCCGUUGAUUAUUGAAUUUGGUGUGUGUCACCUCUCCUUCUUGACCUGGCCAAGUGCAUGUACCCCUCGCGCUCCCCAAGGAGGGAGCUGCCCGGAGGGGUGGGGGGGUUAAAGAGCUGGGGCCCAGGCUCCCUGGCAGCCAGGCCCCUCCCUGUGGGCCCUGCCCUGCAGUUUCAGGAGCUGACAGGUGGGGGGGUGGGGAGGAUGGAGCUGCCUGAGGUCCGUGUCCCCUGCCCAGCUCUGAGCACCUGCCACUGCAUGCAGCCUGUCGGGGACCCUGCUGUGAGGAACCGAGGAUCACCCAGACCUGUCCCCACAUUCCCGCCGCCUCCUCCCUCCCUCCCUCCUUAUUCUGCCAAAAAGACCCAGGGAGGCUCCGUCUGUCCUCUGGACCCUCGCACCUGUGGGCCUUUGCCCCGCAUCAGAGCCUCCGCCCGGGCCAAUGUCUGGGGCUCCCAAAGCCAAAGACCUGGGCAGCGUUGGCCCAGCAGCACUGCUUGCCCUCCUGUGGCCCUGCAGGGAGUGGCCGCUGGGGCCCAUCCUGAGAGAAAGGCUGAGCUCUAGGGUUAAAGAAUUCUAAUGCCCACAACCCUGGGCAGGCGGAUAACUGUGAUUUCUUUUCCUUUCGCAGUAUGCAUUAGAAACAAAAGCCCGCUCGCUCGCUUGCUGGAACACAGGGGCCUUUUAAAUUGAGUGUGCGCACUGCAUGGGAAAUAGCGGCCCUGGAGGAUGUUAGACUUGCUCCCUCUCCAA